CUUUGGAAAACAGAGCGCGAAGUAAACGUUUGGCAAAAAUAAAGAUUUCGUUUCAAGUUGAAAUAUCGCAUGCGAUAAAUAUUUAUCACUUCAAGGUGGCCAAACUGAUUGCUUUUAAACGGUUAGCAGUUAAUACGAAAGUAAGUGAAAAGUAUAAUAAAAAAAUUAUAAUAAUAAACUGUUAAAGAAUUUUUUGAUGACUCAAAAAUCAAGUUGCAAAAUGAAAACAAACUGAACAAAUAAGAUUUAAAUUAUUUUUGCGGUUUUGAAGUGGAUUUGUAAAGUGUGAAAUAUCAAUUGUAUUUUUAAUAAAUUGAAAUUAAAAGUAAUUGAAUCAACUGAUAGCUUGCAAACAUUCAGAAAAAGUAAAAAAAAAAAUUAUAGUAAUAAACUUCCAACAAGAGGAGCAACACCAUCGGCAAUAAAGUUCAAUAAGCGAAAUUUUCAUAACAAACUUAAGGAUUUAAAAUACACCAGGACACGCGUUCCACGUACACCGGAAGAAAGGAAAUAAAGUACAUUGCGUAAUUCUGCUGAGUGAAAAGCUGGAUGAGGCAAAAAGAUUGUGUUAAUUGAAUUAAAAACCAAGGCUGAUGGUAGUUUUUCUGGCCAGUAAUAAUUGAAGAAGAAAAAAAUCGACUCCCAUGCAGCAAAGCUCUGCACGACGCACCGCAGCUCAAUUAAAAUAAAUCGAAGCGAAAUAAUUGAUGCAGACACAUUUUACGACACAGAAGUGAGUCUCACAGUGCCGCAGACGCCAAGCUUAUUUAUCAUUGCAUUCAUUGCAUACAAGCACAAUUUGUAACACUCGAACACCCAAACACACAAAAGCACAAGCGAACAAGUGCAACGAAAACGCCAAUACCAUCAUCAACAACAUCAAACAGAGCCGAAUAGUCGGGGGAGACAAGUGAUUGGUGUAUUCAGCAGGAGCUGCAGCAACUGUUAGGCGGCGCAGUGGCAGCGAGUGGUCGUUUAAGCACAGCCGCGGCCAUGCCAGGGUCUUGCCAGCGUCUCCGUUUGCCCUCCCUGACGGCGAUGAUGCGCGCCACGCGCGCUUCUACCACCGACUAUACCGCCUCCACGAUACGCAAGGAGCAGCGGCGUGUCGUCAUGAUGGGCGCAGGACGUGUCGGCAAGACUUGCAUCAUUUCACAGUUCCUUUAUGAUAAAUUUCAAACGCGUUACAAACAGACGGUGGAGGAAUUGCAUCGUGGCGAAUAUGAGCUGCCCGAUGGCUCAGCAUUAACGCUGGAUAUUUUAGACACAUCCGGUUCGUAUGAAUUCCCAGCCAUGCGCACCCUGUCGAUAUCAACAGCGGGCGCUUUCAUACUGGUCUAUGCUGUGGAUGACAAGCAAUCAUGGUACGAGGUGGAACGACUAAGGAAUCAGAUAAUUGCGGCUCGUGGUCUCAAAGUGCCCAUCGUCAUUGUUGGUAAUAAGGUGGACUUAAAUGAAGCCGAACGGCAGGUACAGCAGGAAGUGACCGAAAUGAUUGUGUGCGAAGAUUGGAAAUGCGGCUACAUCGAAUGUUCGGCGAAAGACAAUGUUGGCAUUGUGGAGAUCUUCAAAGAGUUGCUGGCACAAGCAAACAUUCGCUACAAUCUCAGUCCGGCUGUGAGGCGGCGCAGGCAGUCACUACCCUCCUACAGCAGUGCAGCAGCAGGUGCAGCACGCGCCAGCAAGAGCCCAUCACACAAAUACACAUUGAAACGUCAUUCAUGCACCAUGACAUGAAGGGCAUGAACGGAUGUCAUGGAAGCAAAGGUGAUGAGAAUUCCUUGAAUACAUAUAAGGAGCUGCACUGAUUUUAUUUGAAAACAAAACAAGAAGAACAAGCUAAAAACAAGCAUAGGGCGGGUGUGAACAGGUGGUGUGUCAAUACAGCUAAAGGUUGUGCCAUUUAUUUGCGGCGAGCUGUCAAUGAUCAAAUGUUAUUUAAGCGCUGGGCGAAGGUUGUGUAC